AUGCUGCGCCGGGUGCGGCAGUCUCUCCGGCAGGUGCUGCUUCUGAUGGCCCGGAGACCGGAUCUCCUCUGCGGGGCUGUCGUGCUCAGCGUCCUGCUCGUCCUGGCUCUCGUGCUCACGUGCAGCCGUGCUAAGGAUGUGGUGGCAGCCGCUCGGCCUCCGGUGCGGUUCUUCUCUGCCGAGGCCCCGAUAGUCGACCUGUACAUGGGUCAGCUGGACCAGGUGGAGCGUCUGAGGAGUGUGGCCGAGGUGUCGCUCAUCUUCUUCUAUGCCCCGUGGUGCGCUCACUCCAUGGCUGCCCGACAGGAAGUGCAGCAGGUUGCUAAGAAGCUGGCCAAACAGGUGCAGUUUGUGGCUGUUAACUGUUGGUACAGUCUGGGGAAAUGCAGGAGGCAAAACCGCUUCUACCACUAUCCCAUCAUCCAGCUGUUUUAUAGAAGGUUCGGACCCAUCGAGUACAGAGGUCCCCUCCUGGCUCUGUAUGUGGAGAGCUUCAUCCUCCGAGUCAUCACGCCGCUCACUUACCUCCCGUCCAGAGCCACCCUGGAAGAGUUCCUCUCCAACCACGAGCCUCGUGUGGUGGGUUUCUUCCAGUUCAACUCGUCUCCUCAGCCGCCGGGGUACAUCACAUAUUUGUCUUCGGCCCUGCAGGCGCUCAAAAGAGAUUUCCGCGGAGUUGUGCGUUUCGGGGUCGUGACGAACAAACAGGUGGCCGAGGCCAUCGCCCUAAAAGAAGAUGAGAGUGUUUAUCUCCACAGGAUAUUAAACUCCUCUUUGAUUUUCCCUCGACUGGAACGUAACUUCACGUCCGAGGGAAUCUGCAGCUGGGUGUUCGAGAACCAUCAGACCGUCCUCAAGUGGCUGCAGCCGCCGGGCACUAAGUCGCGCCUCCUGGAGAAGGAGCUGACUAAAGGUCCGGCGCUGCUGCUCUUCCUGCCCCACAAUCCACUGGGCUCCAAACCCGAUCCCAUCCUACACCAGAUUGCUGACAUUGCUGUGCGGUACCACUCCUGUGAGAAUAACGACCACUCCGGCUCGGAGGGGAGGUCCCACUUUCUGUGCUGCCAGUCGGUUCUGCUCCCGGAGUCCAGGACCAGUGUGUGUGAGGUGUGUCUCCACUCGUCAGGACAGAGUCGGAGCGGCUCUUCCGUUCGCUGCUCGUUCCCCUCCACGGCUCAGGGGGGGGACGUGUGGCGGCCUCAUCUCCGACACUGCUGCCUCUACCGACUUCCUGCUCCUGUGGCCACGGCCUCCGCCUCCUCAGUGGACUGUAGCAACCUCCUGAGCAGCUACAGCCCGUUCAGUCAGUACAGUGCCUGCUGCAGACCAGUAGAACCUCAACUCAAUGAGUCACAAGCCAAAAAGGGGCCGGACAUGCAAAGACUCACGCCCCCCCCUCCUCUGUCCGUCCCUCCGUCCUCCGUCACCCAGCAGACAGGAGACGGCAUCACGGGGCUCCGGUGUCAGACCAACAGGACGCUCAGGUUCUAUCUGCUGGACGUGGCUCUGAACUGGCCCCUGGCCGUGAGGCUCGGAGCCACAGGCAACAGUACGGCUGCUCUCCACCAGGGGGCCGGGGACCCGGGCGAUGGGAGCAGCCACCGGUCGUUCGCAGCCAUCGUGAACCUGAAGGACGAGGUUCACUACGUUCUCCAUCGCAGCCCGGCAGCCACUCUCACAGAGUCUCUGGAGACCUUCAUCAGGAACUUCAGUGCUCCGUACAGUCUCCUGCAGAGACACUUGGUCGGAGAGGAGAACAGGAAGGGAGGUGAAGAGGAAACCAGGCGUCCCCGCCGGCUCAUCACAGAACUGACCACCUCCUCCUUCCUGCCCUCCGUCAUGGAUCUUCAGAAGGACGUGCUGCUGAUCUACUACACUCAGUGGUGUGGAUUCUGCUCCGUUCUCAACCACAUCAUCAUCCAUCUCGCCAGGUUGUUACAGGAGAACAGCACCAUCACUGUGGCCAGGGUGAAUGUAGCUCGCAAUGACCUUCCCUGGGAGUUCAUGGUGGAUCACGUUCCCUCCAUUCUCCUCUUUCCCAGAUACAGAAAACAUCUGAGUGUGAAGUUUCCAGACGACCUUCCCAUCACGUUACCCAACCUCCUCCACUUCGUGCUGCAGCACUCUGGCUCUGCACACGAUGCAGACAAACCAGUAGCAUCGUCUUUCAAGGCCGACGGUUCAGGAGCCGCCGCCGUCCUCCGCGCAGAGUUCCUGGCCCUGCAGCGGGAAGUUCAAACGCUGCAUAACGCCCGGGAACGUCUCUCCCAGCAGCUGGCGCAGCUGUGGCGCGACAACCGGCGCCUGACGUUUGACUCUCUCCUCUUAGAAUCCCAGAACACUGAGCUGCAGCGAGCGAGGCAGAGCCUGGAGGAGCAGCAUCAGGAGAAAAGCCGGCUGCUCGGGAAAGCGGUGAGACGCCUGCAGGAGCUGGCGGACACCUCGGAGAACCUGCUGAACGAGAACACGCUGCUCAGGAUCCUGCUGAGGGAGCUGAGGGACAGGACGGAGGAGCAGGAGGAGGAGGAGGAGGUGGAGGAGGAGGAGGAGGAGGAGGAGGAGGAGGAAGAGGAGGAGCAGCAGGAGGAGGAGGAGGAGGAGGAGGUGGAGGAGAAGGAGAUAAUGGAGCCAGAACAGAAAAAAAGCCAUAUGGCCUCUUGACCACACGUCUGCAGGGAAUCCUGAGGAGGAGAGAGCCGGAAAACGAAGGGAUGAGAAAGAAAGGAUGAAAGGAAACAGUUGGAG